AUGUUAUGAGAUUGAAUUUUGAGCCAUUUUAACUACGAAAACUGCAUACACACGACGUAUUGUUUUGACUGAAAAGAAGCAAGUUUUAAUGCAAAAGCUGUAGCCAUACAUGCUAUGGAAAAGUGGCCAGGCCAUGGCCAGACUGGCAUUACCGUUUUCUGUAUCCCUGGCACCCACUGCCCCAAAGUGCGGAGCGUGAUUUUGUUUUUAACGAAAAACUGACGCGAAUUACAGAACCUCACUUCAUAAUCUGGACAGCGCUCGGUCCUCCAGUUAUAACAUAUCUAACUCUGUAAUCGACACCUGCUGCAGUUCCCACAUCGGUCAAAACUGAUAUAUGCACCUUAGCUGCUUCUAGGUGCUCGCUGUCUCGGAAAGUCGGAAACAUACCAUCAGUGAACACGGUUUUGUAUCUACCAGCCAAAAGAAGGAAAACUGUUGGUAAAUCAACUUAUUGGAUUAAUUCCCGCUGACUGAUAUCAAGCAUGACGAUUGUAAUGGUAUACAUACUGCCAAUGUUACUGGGGCGAUCCUAUGACAUGAAAACUGAUCAAGUUGGAGUUGAUAUCUUUCCAAUGGCUGACUUGGAUCCUAAGAAUGGCAAACUAGAAAAAAUUGAUCGAUACUUUACUGACGCUCAAUACAAACUUGUAGAAGAUUCGCGUGAGGCUCGUGAUUUCCUGGACGUUUCGGGAGAGCUUUCUUUAAAAAUUAAAUCAGGGAAAGUAAAUAUCGCUGGAAUGGGAAGUUAUCUAAAAGAAACAGCCUCAAGAUCCAAUACUGUAGAAAUUUUGGUGAAAGUACACUACGAAACGGCCACAUUAACAAUACCGUCAACAAUUUUACCCCUUUUGGAAAUCUGGGACAAGAAAGAUACUAUGGGCACGCACUACGCUCGUAGUAUAACCUAUGGUGGCGAUCUAGUUGCGUCGCUAAAAUUCAAAGCUCAGAAUUCUCGAGACAGGGAAAGGAUAAAGGCUGCUGUGGAAGGGAGUUUACAAGGUGGUUCAUUUGGUUUGGAGCUUAAAGGACAGUUUGAGAAACUGGAGAAAGACCUUCAGGAAACGACCUCAAUGGACAUUCAUUACUAUGCCAGCGUUCCUUUGAAGACAGUCCCAAAGACAGUUGAAGAUUUAAUGGAGCUUGUAGAUUCUUUUCCGGAACAGGCAAAAGCUGUCAACGAGGGACUUGGAGUUCCACUUCGUAUGGAGUUGGUUCCAUUGACAGCUCUUAAGGCUGACACCUCGACUUUUUUCAAAAAUACGGCUAUAAAUGAUCAAUUAGACCGUUUCGAAGCCGAACUAGAUGACCUGCAGGCGGCUAAACGAGCUUUGAAUGAAUGGAUGGCCAACGUUCCUCCUAUACUUCCUUCGGAAUGGCGGAACAAGAUUGGAGAAUUUAAUACCGAGUUGGAGAGAGUGGUCAGUGUUUUCUACGAAGUUAUUGGAAAUCUGGACAUCUCUACGAGUGGUGCUGCUUCACAGUUUGAUUCCGCUUUUGAAGCCUAUAAAGGCGACGGAUCGUUGAUACCGGAAAAGUACAAUCGUCGAUUUAUCAAACUGAAGGACGAAAUUAUCGCAAAUGUUCCAGAUCUCAAGAUGGACGUUGGAGGGGGAACCUAUCUUCAUUGGGGUAAGAAUGGUUGUGGAAGAAAUGACGUGGAGGAAGUGUUCCGUGGUGUUAGUGUGACUUCCGACGAAGCUCAAGGAAGUGGAUAUAACAUCCUGUGUUUCCCUAGUGACCCAAACUGGCCAGAAAACGAAGUUAGCGUAUCGGGUGAUGCUAGUCACCUUGAACCGUUAGGAUAUAACUUUCAAACUCUCUCCUCGAGAAACGGCAACGUGGCCUGCACCCUGUGCCGAAUGACCAACAGAGUAGCACCCACUGUUUUUCCAGGCGUCACUAAGUGUCCCAAUGAUGCCUGGACUCUAGAGUAUAGUGGUCACCUAGCGGCUCCGAAUGUCAUGAGCCGCAAGCGAGACUUUCUUUGUGUCGACGAAAAGCGAGAUGUGGCAGAGACUACUUCAAUCGAUAAGCUUGGAAGAAAUCAGCCCCAAGUAAGUGAGGUGUCAUUAAUGGCUGAAUGUGAAUCACAUUCGUGUGGGAACUGGGUAGAAAACAAAGUGAUUCCCUGUGUAGUGUGCAGCUUCUAAAAAAAAGGACGUUAAUGUGUUUCAAUUGGUGACAUUGUUUGGAAACGCAUAAGUUAAAAUAAAGAAGCUUUUAAUAAAACGAUGUAUUCGAUUUA